GAAUGGCUAAUUGUUUUGCGCGCUUUUUUAACUGUGCCAGCUGGUCGUUUUUUCUUACCCACGCUGUGACUUUAUUAACUUAUAUUAGUAGAAAUUAACUUUUAAUUAUUUAAUUAAUCACGUAAAUGGCAGCCGUACGUCGGUCCACGCGCUUAAGUAGCAUUAGCAAAACGGCCCCAGCCUCUCCAUUGCCGCAGUCGACGCAGACGCCGCGUCGAUCGGAAGUUUGGAAACGCAGGCAGCCGAAAAAAGUGAUCGCUGACAGCGACGAGGAGGAGGUGGGGACCUGUGACCAGACCAGCCCCGUGUCAGAGAACAACGAAAACCGCAACGUGCUUAACAAAAUGGACAAGGUCUCGAGGCGCAGGACCUCGCAGGUGCAGGUCGCUCAACUGGAGCACCAAAAGACGCCACGCAGCACAAAGAAAACAGCCCAAUCAGCUGCUAUUUCACGGGCUAAACGCACACAGGAAAACUACGAGGCCACCGCAAUAUUUUUGGAUGAAGACCAGGAUGUGGACCCGCUUCAUGUAUCCCCGCCUAAGCAGAGAAAAUUGCAGCCUUUGCCGCAACACCUGAUCAGUCCUUCGAGGCUUCUGGACAGGCUCAGCAUCGACGAACGCCAGGAGGAAGAGGAUUAUAACAAGACUGACAAAGAGCUGGAAAAGCACUUAUGUAAGGAGCAAGAGAAGCCACGUCCAAAGCAGCAGGUGAAGCCACAAAAGAAUAAUGAGGUUGAUCCUCUUGCAUUAGAGCAGGAAAAACCUCCAACUAAGCAACAAGAAAAACCUGCAAUCAAGCAACAUGAGAAACCCCAACCUAAGCAGGAGAAACAACUGACCAAAGAUGAGAGCCCCCAAGAUAACCUGCCCUCGCCUUCCCGUAACAAAUACCAAAAUGCCAGACGAGUGCUUAACAGUGCCGAGACUCAAAAUCUCCCAGGUCGAGAGGCGCAGCUGCAAGAACUCCGUGAAUUCUUUAGCAGCCACUUGGAAAGCCAAACUUCCGCCAGCCUCUAUGUCUCCGGGCAGCCAGGAACAGGAAAGACUGCCUGCCUAUCACUACUUCUAAGAGAUCCCGACUUCUCUAAGCGCCUGCAACGCGUCUAUAUCAACUGCACCAGUAUAGCUAGUGUUGGAGCAGUUUACAAAAAGCUAUGUGCCGAACUCCAGCUUAAAGUCAAUGGACGCACAGAAAGAGACCAUCUAGAGGCUAUACAACGCCAUUUAAGAACGGCCAAGCGAAUGCUCUUGCUGGUACUUGAUGAGAUUGAUCAGCUGUGCACUAGCAGGCAGGAGGUGCUAUACACAAUCUUCGAGUGGCCUGCUCUUCCUGGCUCCAGGAUACUACUUGUGGGCAUUGCCAAUAGCUUAGAUCUCACAGACCGAGCCCUAAUGCGUUUGAAUGCCAGAUGCGAGCUUAAACCCAGGCUAAUGCACUUUCCGCCUUACUCCAAGCAGCAGAUUGUAGAGAUUUUCAAAUCGCGCCUGGCCGAAGCGGAGGUGCUGGACGUCUUUCCGCCCGUGACCCUUCAAUUGCUGGCUGCCAAGGUGAGUGCGAUCAGCGGUGAUGUGAGAAGGGCGUUAGACAUUGGAAGACGUGUCGUUGAGAUUGCGGAGCAACAAAAGCGAGAUGGUGAGAAAGAAUUCAAUAUGAAGGCCCUGCAGCUGGAGGGCAAGGACGCCGUGGAGGCCAAAGAAAAACAAGAUACUCUGAAACCUGUGCAGGUUACCCAAGUGGCUGCUGUGCUAAACAAAGUCUACGGAGCCUCGCAAAAUCUGGAGGAGGACAUCGAGGGUUCUUUCCCCCUACAGCAAAAGCUAAUGCUGUGCACCCUGGUAAUGAUGCUGCGCAACGAGCGCAACAAGGAUAUCAGUAUGGGUCGCCUACACGAAGUCUACAGACGAGUGUGCGCCAAACGGAAUAUACUGGCUCUGGACCAAGCCGAAUUCACAGGCACUGUGGACCUGGUGGAAACUCGGGGCAUCCUUCGCAUCAUGCGAAAGAAGGAGCCGCGCCUACACAAGGUCCUGCUGCAAUGGGACGAGGAGGAGGUGCAUGCUGCACUCAGCGACAAGCAGUUGAUUGCCUCGAUCCUCAGCGAUACCUCCUGCCUGAACAAGUGUUGAUUUGGACGAUUACCUAUAGGAAAUUAGUGUGCCAGACAAUCUGCUGGUUAAUUGCGCAUUUCUCUCAUUUUCAUUCACCUUGGGGACGAACAUAUAUGUAUAAGAAUACGUUUUGAAGCUAUAUUUAAAAUACGUGGCUGGCGCAAGCACUGAAAUAUUUUGAAAUAUCAUUUGAGGGUCACUUUCGACAUUUUGCUUUUUGACUAUUAAUUGAAUCGAAUUUUUGAGAUUUUAUGUUUGUCGUAAAUUUAAGUAAAUGUUGCCCCCAUAAACUAUUUCUAAUCCGAUCCGUUGACCAAUAAGCGCUAGACAAUUCGUUUCCUGUUAGCCCUAAGCAUUUAAGAAUAAACUAAAUAGUUCUGCAAUAUACAAA